GCUCUACAAUCGGGAGUAAACUGCGAUCAGCUAUAUAACAACUGGUUAGCCAAUGCUUUCCGUCAUAUGUCAAACGACAGCGUUAAGUCACUGACAACAAAGCUAGACGCGGUUUACUGUGCUUUAUCAUUAUAUCUGCAGGAACUAUGAAACUCGGCAUUGUUAUUGCCCUGACCACGGCUGUCAUGCUAAUGGAACUUCACAUCUGCGCAGCGCAGUGUAAGCCAAAGAAAAUGGCUGAUGGAUGUACCCAUGUCGUCGACUUAAAGUUCACAGAUGACUGUAACAAACACGACAUUUGCUACGCUUGCGGCAACGGACGGGGUUUUUCACGCCUGAACUGCGAUGACCGUUAUUAUGAAAACAUGAUUAACACGUGCAACACCAAGGUUAACUGGUUUUUGCGACCCGGAUGUAAGGGGAUUGCUUGGGUUUACUACCGAAAGGUUCGGGACUUCGAUGAGAAGUCUUAUAAAGUUCCGUCCGAGAAGUUUUGCAAGGAAGCCUGGGUUCGCGCGUGUGUGUGAUGAUAAACAGUACAUUUACGUGCUUGCGGUAGGCUUAAAAAAAUGAUACUUACAAACAUAUUUAUCUUGUACUUGUAGAGCUUAAAUUGUUCCAUAACAAUGUAAUACUGAAUUGUCUGAUACAACACUUAUUGUUUUCAUUACCAUUCGACCAUAUCUGUUAAUAAACUUGCUAUGUCUUGUUUUCAUUAAUUACCUAUAAAAUGCUAUUUAAUAAUAAUGUGCUUGAUAGCUUACGCCUAAUAUAACUCAAUUUAUUUGAUGGCAUACGUAAACAUAUCAUCGAGUAUUCGGUUGCUUCCUAGUUGUUUCUGUUAUAUUUUAUUGCAUGCUAUUUUUUAAACCUUUUCCCACACUUCUUAUAUGGUUAUUAAAAUGUCUUUGUAUAACCGAUCUCAAUAAACAUAUAAUCACCA